AUGUUCAUCAAAGAAUGGAUCCAAGGAUCGUGCAUGAUCUAUGCAGUCAUUGGUAUAUUAGCUCUCUCUCCAUCUGUCCAGCUUUCAGAAUCGCCCAUGAAGCACUCGAUUGUGCGAAGAAACGAGAAACACAAGUGCGAUAUACGAUAUGAGAGUCUGCCGACCGAGCGUCUUGCAACAUGCGUAGGCUCUGAUCAGAUAGUUCAUCAAUGCGAGAAGUCGUCUUGUAAUCAGGCACUCACAUUUGGUGACUGCCUGAGUAUUAUUGGCCCACGUGGUAUUUUGGCGGGCGAAUCACAACCUGUUAUGAACCCAGAGAGUUAUGUCGCGGGUCCCAAGUAUAUCACCGUCCGCACUGGAGAUAAAACACUGGGAUGCGACUAUUUUCCACAAAAUGCAUCGAGGCAAUCCUGUGACAAAUGCCACAUGUAUAAAAUGCCAAAAGUAUAA